UCAAGAAAAAUGUACGAAAAACAAGUGCGGAAAAUAUUCAUUGUGUCGUGUCUCAUACAUCUGAUACAUCCCUCCUUAUCCUCCGCCAUAAAGGAUUAUGUGAAGUGCACGGAGGGCUCUAUGUCAGCCGAUCCCAAAGAUUGUGCAGGCUAUUAUCAGUGCCUCGACGCCGAGUCCCUGCUCAUGAAGUGUCCCUUUGGCAGUUAUUUCGAGGCUCAGCACGAAGUGUGUGUGGUGGAUGAGCAGGGAAUUUGUCCCAAUUCCGAGCGAAUCUGUUUUGAGGGAGAGCUUCUAGAGGAUCCCAGGGACCCAGCUAAUUACCUGAGGUGUCUUGUAGGGAGUCUGGUGAAGGAGAGAUGUCCCUCGGGCAGUUACUUUAAUUCCGUUUCAAAAACAUGCCGUCUGGACUGGAACUUCGAGUUGUUUUCACUUCGGGAAACCUGUGCCGAGGGCGAGGUCCAGGCAGAUCCGACAAAUUGUGCCGGUUACCUGGGCUGUAAGGAUGGCCAGCUGGUAUCCAAGACCUGUCCCAGUGGCAGCUACUUCGAGCCAAAGCUCAUGAUCUGCAUCGUGGAUGUGAAUGGUCUGUGCGUGGAACCGCCUCCCAGGUGCACGGAGGGAAAGGUGAAACUGGAUCCCAACAACUGUGCCGGCUACCUCAAGUGCAUCGAUGGCGAACUGGAGGAGGAGCUGUGUCCCAAUGGCUCCUACUUCCAUGCCACACUGGAGACCUGUAUCCAGGACUACGAGGGUAUCUGCGUGACCAAUAUAUUGAGUUGCAUUGAAGGCGAGAUCGGGAUGGAUCCUGAAGACUGUGCUGGCUACAGAGAGUGUAUCCGCGGUGUGGUGGCGAAUCUCAAGUGUGCUCCUGGGAGGUAUUUCAAUGUGAACCAAAUGGAUUGCCUCCUGGAUGUGGAGCAAGUGUGUGUAAAGUCACGUGAAGAAUGUGAAAGAACUGGGAAUGUGGGUGAUCAGGAGUACUAUAUAUACAAUGCUGAAACGGUAACUGAAAUUUUAGAGGUUAAGGCACAGGCACGCCCGCAUUCUUGUGGAUGCAAUCUCUAACCGCCUUAACUUUCACGAUUUUGCAUGAAUAAUAAAUAAGCUCUCUCCACACGAUAA